AUGGACUACGGCAGUCCCAAAGACCUACCGACCUACUACGACGUGCCGUACUAUGGCCUGGACCCAAAAGCCGACCAGCCGCGAGCCAACUCGCCGCCAGAGCAUACCUGGUACGCGGCCAGCCAGAGACGCCGCUCGAGCGGUCAGACUCAAAUGUCGCUCAUCUCGGAGGACGAGCUGGACCGUUAUGCCACCAUAAGGCCGCACACCGCGCGUCCCGGCGUUCCGCCGGGGCCCAACUACGGGGGACUGCGGCGCAUAUCCACCAACCUGGACAGGUACGUCAACCUGAGCGAAAGCGCAAACACGGUCACCGACUUCUCCGCAGUGUCCGAACAGCUGCUUCAGCUCUCGCAGCAACAGCUGCAGCUGCCGCGCUACGUGCCGCAUCUGGCCCAGAAACCGGAGCUAAAGACGCCGCUGAGCGCGACGCUGGCCCCGAGCAAGGACGCGACGGCAGUGUUCGCCGAGACUGCGGUGCCACCGCCAACGCCGGUGCCUGUUCGAGUACCAGAGGCGUCGGUGCCUCGACGAGAGUCGCCAGUCGCAGUGGCAGCGUCGCUCGAGAAAAAAUCCACAAAUUCCCGGAGACGGGCGCAGCAGAACGCGUUCUUCCACUCGGCGGCUGUGGUGACGUCGGAUCCGAAAGAGAUCAACAAUGUGGCCGUCUCUAACGCGUUCAGGGCGAAAAAGAUGUUCCGCUCAGACGAGUGCGGCGACCGCAGCUGGGCGGUGCUGAGGCAGGACGCUACCGUGCACUCCCUCCCCGCAACAAGUAUCGAAGAGGUGGACGUGGCUCCGAUGCAGAAAGCGAGGCCAGCCGAACUGUCCUGCCCUGCGAAAAUUCGGCGCGAAGACUCUCUUCCACACCCUCCGCCGCCGAUUCUGAACCCAUCCGAGAGCUCAGAGCCUUCUGGGUCAUCGGGAACGUCGUCAAUGUCCAGCACGUCGAGCGAGUAUUCGGAGGAAGACAGCGACACGUCGCAAUCCAUUUCCGCUUGCGGGGACACCGUGUCUAAAUCCACUCGGUUUUCAAACAGAGAGAAUCCACCCACUUCCUGUGCGGGAACGCCCUCGUCUGUGCCUAUGACGGCUUCGUCGACCACCAUGACUUACAUCGCUGCGAAAUCGCCAGACGCGACAGUGUCUUACGCUUCGAAGCAUUCUCCAGCAGCAUUAAGGAAGUCCCGGGAGCAUCGGUCGCCUUCAAGGACUCCGCCGUCUAACGCUAGGACGCCUACCGAACUUCGUUCCAAGUCUAAGACCCCACCACCCAUUUCAGCCACCAAGAUACCUGCUAGCGUUCACUCGCGAUCAAGAACACCCGCGUCAACCACGAAGACACGCUCUACACCAAGAUCACUGUCAAAAUCACCCGCGUCCCCUGCCAAGACAACUCCGGCAUCCACGAGGCCACCAACACUAGCAAACCUAACUCCUCCGCCGUCGCCCAAAACACCGCACUCCAUAUUGAGGACACCACAGCGCUCUUCGGUAAAGGCAGCUUCUUCGCAGGCGCAGGCUGUCGCUGCUGAGGAACAGGAACAGAUGUCCAAUUCAAGAAUGCGUGAGUCAGUUACCGAAACACAGGAAGUGGAGUACGCACUUCCGGCACAAAGGUCGCAGCGAGACAACGAAGAUCGGAGAAAUCCAGGCGAGGACAAUAAUGGGGAAUUCCAUAGUGAGCAAAUCUUCAACAGCCUGGGAUCAAGUAAGCCUUCUGUUAUCCUGCAUAGUAGUCAGAAUACUGAAAACACUAAGCAUGUGAGUGUGGGUGGCUUUCAGUCUGGCGUUAACCAAACCUCCCACUUGCCUCCGCGUCGUUCGUCCAGCCAAGAAGCCAUCGUACCUAAGUUCACUCCACACAGCGCCGCCUUUAUUCGACACGAAGCGGCGUCAGUUGCCAGGGUUCCGGUCACGUCGGUGUCCGUACCUGUCGCAAAGGGUGUCCGGGCCGCUAAAGAACAUUCCAGGGACCUGUCUUCCGUUUCCCGACUGACGCGACCAAUCUCGGCCGCACCGAUGAGAAACAGCCUUGCGUAUCAGGCGGACAAGUUCCCCCCGCCAAUAAGGGAAAGCCGGAGGCAUUUGCAGAAUGCGAGUUCUGCUCAGACGUCGUCUAAGAAGAAGUUGCGUUCAACGAAGGUAAUUCAGUACCCGGACCCAACAGGCUGCAUGAAGUUGGCUUUUCCAGGGGGAGAGCUUGAUUCCUCUAACUUCCAAUCAAGUGAGGCAUCUACCGGCCGACCGCUCAUACCCCCUUCGAAGGACAAAACCAAAACGGAUAGCUCGAUGCUAAUGCAUCUGUGCGUUGCCAUCAACGUGAUCCUGUUCAGUGCGCUCAGUGGCAUCGUGUUUGCUUAUUUCUUGCACAUGGGCACGAUAAGGAAGGCGUAG